GGUUAGUAUUGCAUCAUGCCAAGCACUCGAUUUCAUCAUGCUGUUUGCCGGGUAUAAAAGCACCUCCAGUCGCUUCUUCAGUUUUAUUUCAUCAUUGAGAUGCAAGGAAACAAGAACCCACGCCAGAAAACCCAAGCACAACUCAGUCAGAUGGGCAUAGGAUAGAAUUCAUCUAAAGUCACCCAUCCGCAUCAUUCUCAACCUGCACAAUCACACACAGACCCGAAAGGCAAUGAUUCCAAGGAUACAGUGAGGCAUCAGACAACAAAGACAAUUAGCAUAAUGAGUAACCUACAGAAUGCCCCGAAUGGUGGGGGCGUCGGCGUGGGCAUUAAAACGGCCCGGAGCAACAUCUUCAACGUCGAUGGGCUGCCGCAGCAGAUGGCGGCGCUUAGCGUGGACUUCUCCAGCAUCCGGGGGAAGGAUGUCCUGGUGCAGCCCAGUGCCGAUCAGUUGGAGCUGCUGCAGAAGCGGCUCCAGGAUCGCAUUGCCGACAAUUGUGGCGAGACCAUUUACGAGGUCGGCGUGGGCGAAGACGGAAGUGACAAUGGCCUGAAUCCGGAACAGUUUCUCGCCUCCGUGAAGACACUCCAUCUUCUGGCCGCCAAUAUUGAUGCCGAUGUGGUCAAGCUUCGAGAGCGGAAGGUAGAGAAGGGCAUGUCGGCCCAGUUCCUCAUAAGGAAACACAUUGAAACGACGGACUUUAUGGAAAUUCGAGUGGCCGUGGUGGGCAACGUGGACGCCGGCAAGUCCACUUUGCUGGGCGUUCUUACUCACGGGGAGUUGGACAACGGACGUGGACAUGCCCGGCAGCGGCUCUUCAGACACAAGCACGAAAUAGAGAGCGGACGCACCAGCUCAGUGGGCAACGACAUUCUGGGCUUUGACGGAGUGGGAAACGUGGUCAACAAACCGGACCACGGGCACCUGGACUGGGUGAAGAUCUGCGAGAACUCGGCCAAAGUUAUAACCUUCAUUGAUCUGGCUGGUCACGAGCGCUACCUGAAAACUACGGUCUUCGGCAUGACAGGCCAUGCCCCGGACUUUGGCAUGCUAAUGAUUGGCGCCAAUGCUGGCAUUAUUGGCAUGACCAAAGAGCAUCUGGGAUUGGCCUUGGCCCUGGCAGUUCCCGUUUUUGUGGUGGUCACCAAAAUCGACAUGUGUCCGGCCAACAUUCUGCAGGACAACAUGAAGCUCCUCUUCAAGAUGCUCAAGUCGCAGGGCUGCCGCAAGGUGCCGGUUGUGGUGCGCACCCAGGACGAUGUGGUUCUCAGUGCCACGAAUUUUGUGAGUGAGCGGCUAUGCCCCAUUUUCCAGGUGUCCAACGUCACUGGCGACAACCUGGAAUUGCUCAAGAUGUUCCUUAAUCUGCUGAGCACGCGCAUGGCCGGCUCCGAGAGCCAACCGGCUGAGUUCCAGAUCGACGACGUGUACUCGGUUCCGGGUGUCGGAACCGUAGUCUCGGGCACCUGUCUACAGGGCACUAUACGGCUUAACGACACCCUGAUGUUGGGGCCUGAUGCCGUGGGUGCAUUCGUGCCCAUCACUAUUAAGAGCAUCCACCGGAAGCGGAUGAAUGUGGCACGCGUGCGUUGCGGCCAAACGGCCAGUUUCGCGCUGAAGAAGAUUAAGCGGGCUUAUCUGCGAAAGGGCAUGGUGAUGGUGUCGCCGGAGCUGAAGCCGCAAGCCUGCUGGGAGUUCGAGGGCGAGAUUCUGGUACUCCACCACCCGACUACGAUAUCGGCCCGCUACCAGGCCAUGGUGCACUGCGGCAGCAUACGGCAGACGGCUUCCAUCAUACACAUGUCGCUGGACUGCCUGCGCACUGGCGACAAGGCCCACGUCAAGUUCCGGUUCAUCAAGCAGCCGGAGUACAUCCGAGCCGGCCAGCGACUAGUCUUCCGCGAAGGUCGCACCAAGGCCGUGGGCAAUAUCCUGUGCCCGCUGCCCAAUGCCGCAGCGUCACCCUAUCGCCCCAAGCCAGCCAAGAUGCAGUCUCGCUCCCAGAACGGUGGCAGCAACGGAAGCAACAAUCAGCACCGCCAGCAGGGCCAGGGAAGUUCCUCGGGCGUGGGAGCUGGAGGCAGCAAGGACACCGGCGAGGAGAAGCAGAAUGGCGGCAGUAGGCGGGGCGGCAAACGGAAACGAAACAAUCGCCCACCGGCGGGAGGAGGCGGAGGAACGGGACAGUCCAACGGCUCGGCCGGUCUGGUCCUGCCUCUUGGAGAGAUGCCCGCUCCCUCCACCGCCGGAUCAGUGGGUCUCACCGAGUGAGGCUCGCCUCCAUCACGUUUGUUCUUUCUAGUUGUGUAAGCUAAAGUAUUUUUGAAAACCUUAAAGUGAGAAACUAUAUAUUUUGCUACUCGAGUCCGGAUUCCUGAUCUGCAUGGCCGUUUGCCUCAAAAUAAACUUUUCCGUGUCCUGUCCUUGUCCACUAUA